AUGAAGUCAGAGAAAGACUAUGCCUCGAAAAGUCGGGAGAAAUUGAGCUCGCAUCAGCGGAGCGUACCGUACCAUGUCGUCGGUCGCCAUUCUUCGUCCGCUAUCGAGCACAAAAGCAAACAUUAUUCCUCGCCGGAUCUGUCUGUCGAUCGUUGUAAACAAAGACAGCACGGUUCGUAUUCAGCUUGUGCAUACGGUAAGAACAUGUCUUCCAAACUAAGAGGUAGCUGUACGUUUGAUAACCCGCGUGAUUUGUUGGAAAAACUGAUCUCAGAACAAUCUCUAAUUCAAGAAGCCGUCCGGCGACUCCAGUCGCAGACCACAACAACGCCGGUAUCAAGGAAGUUCUUCUCAUUUGUCGAUGAUGAAUCUUGUGGCCCUCUUAGCACCGAGACUGCCAUGUAUCCAGGAGAGGAUCGUUUUUCUGCAUUCUGUUAA